AUGGCUGCAAACGGGCUGGUCCGUGUCUUGCCUGUCAUUGACCCCUCCGCGGGACACAGCUUCAGGGAGCCCAUCAAACGCAUCCACGAGCACCAGGAUGUGUCAGAGUUCCUGUGCUCCAGGGGCUAUGUGGACAUUAUGACCUUCUUGCUGCAGCUCAACCGGUCCAUGUUCCCCGCCAAACUGCCAGAUGGGCGUGUUCAGACCUGGCCUGUGGGAUCCGAUGCGGUCGAGUACUCCGCCCCCGUCCGUCAACUGCAGCAGCUACUAUCCAAGCUGGAAGCGAUCCUAGAAGAAGCACCACCCGAUAAGGGGCCCCGCAGAUUCGGGAACAUCAGCUUCCGCCGGUGGUAUGAAAUCGUGGAGAGCCGCGUCUCGAGCCUCCUGGAAGAGUGCCUGCCCGCAGACCUUCUGAAGACUAAAUCGUCCGACCCCAACGGCCCGACAGCCGAAGUAGAGCUGAAGGCCUAUUUUCUGGGGAGCUGGGGAAGUCCCCAACGCCUCGAUUACGGCACGGGUCACGAGCUGAGCUUUCUAGCCUUCUUGGGAGCCCUAUGGAAGCUAAACGGGUUCCCUCAGAACACCCCUGGGGUGGAGGAACGCGCCAUCGUUUUGGGCGUGAUCCAACCUUACCUGGAACUCGUCCGCAUCAUCAUCAAGACCUACACCCUGGAGCCGGCCGGGUCUCACGGCGUGUGGGGAUUAGACGAUCAUUCGUUCAUUCCCUACAUCUUCGGCUCGGCGCAGUACGCCCCGGCGCUUUCGCAAACGGACCAAGUACCUGAGGAAGGCUCCCUCCCUGAGGCACCUGACCCCAACGGUGUCGCGAAGGCGGCCGUCGUGGAACGGGAGAGACAAACCAACCUGUAUUUCUCGGCUAUUGGGUUCAUCUACGAUGUGAAGAAGGGGCCGUUCUGGGAACAUAGUCCGAUGCUCUACGAUAUUUCGGGCAUCCGCACUGGCUGGGCCAAGAUCAACAAGGGUAUGAUCAAGAUGUACAAUGCGGAAGUUCUAUCCAAGUUCCCCGUCGUCCAGCAUUUUCCCUUUGGAUCCUUGUUCAGCUGGGAUCGCGACCCCAAUGCGGUGCCCCCUCCGUCUACGGUGCAUGCCGCUUCAGGGCCCCAGUCGCGACCCCAGGAACCGUCUCUUGCACCGGGGACCACGGCUCCUUGGGCUGCCGGCUCACCGGCAAACCCCGCGGGUGGUGGCACAGCUGCACCCUGGGCUGGAGGCCCAGCAAGAGCCCCGAUUCUCCCUGAUACCUCACGGUUACCCCCAGGACCCAUGGCGCCUACCCGAGCGCCGUGGGCGAGUGCCCAGCAAAGGCCGGCUCCGGGUGGACCGGCAGCCCAGGAGGACAUGCCCACCAAGGCCCCUUGGGCUAAGUAA